AUGUCCGCGGGUGCCGGGCGGCGAGGAUCGACGAAGCGGCUUCUUAUCUUCAGUGUAUGUGUGCUGGUGUUUCAUGUCUUGACGUCGUUAGUGCAGGAGGCAGUGUUCUACCUUCCCGGCUUUCACCACACACUGCUGCUUACUUGCGCACAGGCGUUGUGCGUAUCUUGUUUUGCCUUUGUUAUACUCUACUGCUCCCUGCCCGUUGCGUCCGGGUCGCCGUGGCGGCGAAUUGUGGACGCGCGCCGCGUGCCACUGCGCACCUACUUCAUGAUUGCCCUGGCGAACACGCUAAGCGUGUACUUGACGAACGAGGCGUCACGUCUUCUUAGUUUCACUACUCAGGUCGUCUUUAAGUCUGGCAAGCUGCUUGUUGUCUGGCUGAUGCGGUACCUUGCCAUUGAGCUUCCAGCGCUGCUAAGGGCGUCGCGGACGCCGUUGAAGGGUGCCGAGGGCGCGGUGAAGGGGCAACGGGGCCGUUCACAUACCGGAGCGCUUUCUGUUGUAGAGAGUUCGUCAGGGUGCGUCUCUGUGGCCAUCGCAGAUUCGAUGGCGGAGGGGCGGAUGCCGUCAAAAGUUGGUUCGUCGCCUCGUCGUGAUUGCGGUGGCCACGUCUCCAAGUGCGAGGGUGCGGCCGCUGCUGCUGCUGCCGCGACGACGGCCGGGAACAAGGGCGACGACGUCGCCGUCGUCGUGCACGGGGUUGCCGUGAUGGAUCACUCCCAGGCCUUGAAGGAGGUGGUGUCGUGCACCACCGUAGUUGUGGGCAUUGCCGUCUUCACAUACGCCGCGGCGGACGCACGCACGACGAAGAACACGAGGACACAGGAAGGUUGGGGGCCGCUCGUUUCAGGCGUCACAGGCAUUUUGUUUGCGCUACUGUGCGAUGCACUCAUGUACCUGGGUCAGGAGAAGUAUUGCUUUAUGAAAUACGGCGCAUCACACGAGGAGGUGCAAUUCCACGUAUUUCUCUUCUCCUCGAUGAUUGGCUUUAUUUUGCUCGUCCUGAGCGGAGGUUUCCAUGACGCCGUGACGUUCUUGGGCAUGAACCACAUGUUCAUUGCCCUGCUGCUUGCCUGUUCCUUGCUUAGCUACAGUGGCACCUUCUUCCUCCUGCGCAUCGUCUCUGAGUUCAACAGCAGCACCGCCACCCUCGUCACCAGCAUCCGCAAGUCGCUGACGGUGCUGUGCAGCUACAUUGUUUACCCGAAGCCGUUCGGGUUUCUCCACAUUGUUGGUGUUAGCUUCGUGAUGGGCGGCAUAUGGCAGUACGAGCAGGCGCGCCGGGCGCGCAGCACACCCGUGAUGCGGGCUAUGGACGACACUGUAAUUGCGGAGGAGGAGGCGUGCGUAUAG